AUGGACUGGGGGGUGAUUUUGGAGGAGACGCAGAGUCAGCCGCCGUCGCCGGUGCCACGCAAGCGUGCGUGGGAAGCGGAUGCGAGUGAUGUGACCGAGUUUGGUCCGUUUGCGCUCGACGAUUCGGUGGAUGUUGUGGUGUGCCCGACGUGUGCGAAGCCUGUGCUGCGACAGGCGUAUGCGUACCACGAGCAAAACUGUGCGUUGGCGCAGUCGAUCGCCGAGGGACGCGUGUCGCCCAGCAUCCUCAAGUCGGAGACGAAGGCGGAGCCGGAGCAGCGCAAGGCGUGGACGACGGGCGGCAAGAAGCACCGCGGUCCGAUCAACCUGGACCGGCAGUGUGGCGUCAUCAACAACAAGGGCCUGCCAUGCUCGCGCUCGCUGACGUGCAAGUCGCACAGUAUGGGCGCGAAGCGGCAUGUGCCAGGGCGCUCCCAGCCGUACGACACGCUGCUGUUCGAGUGGCAGAAAGCGACGAAUCCCGCCUUUGUCGCGCGCCUCGAGGAAAAAGAGCGCCAAAUCGCCGCGCUCAAAGCGUCGUCGCAGGCGCACAAGGAGCGCAAGCGGCGUACGACGGACAAGCGCGAUGCCGAGCGGACCACGGCGGACACACCUACGGAUGCACUGGAUCUGUACCAGCGCCACGCUACGUUCCAGGACGUCGAUCGCGACUUGAGCCGCACACUCGACACCAUCCACGCGGCCGUCACACGAGACCGCACACCGAUCAUGCCGAUGGCCACACGCAGCCUGGCAGGGCAGUUUACGACGCGCACGAGGCGCUGCCGCGUCCUACGCCAGUUCCUCGCCCAGGGCCUCGCUGGCACCGCCCAUGUGCGCGCGCGCCUUAGUGAAGCGAACGAUGAUAAUAGUGCGGCGCGAGCGUGA